CGCCCCUGUGCGGGCGGGAAGCGCCGCUCCGCCCCGCGCGCGCCAUGGCGCUGUCCCAGCCCGGGCCGCCCCAGCCCGAGGAGCCGUCAGCGCACAGCGGGCAGCAGCCGCAGGAGUGGCUCCGGUCGGGCCCCGCCGAGCCCCAUUCAUCCCUGCAGGAGUCCCCAUCAUCGGGCCCCGCCGAAUCCCCUUCGCCUCCGCCGGAGUCCCAAACAUCGGGCCCCACCGAGCCCCCUUCAUCCCUGCAGGAGUCCCAAACAUCGGGCCCCGCCGAGCCCCCUUCAUUCCAGCAGGAGUCCCAAACAUCGGGCCCCGCCGAGCCCCCUUCAUCCCUGCAGGAGUCCCCAUCAUCGGGCCCCGCCGAGCCCCCUUCAUUCCAGCAGGAGUCCCAAACAUCGGGCCCCGCCGAGCCCCCUUCAUCCCUGAAGGAGUCCCCAUCAUCGGGCCCCGCCGAGCCCCCUUCAUCCCUGCAGGAGUCCCCAUCAUCGGGCCCCGCCGAGCCCCCUUCAUCCCUGCAGGAGUCCCAAACAUCGGGCCCCGCCGAGCCCCCUUCAUCCCUGCAGGAGUCCCCAUCAUCGGGCCCCGCCGAGCCCACCUCGCCUCCGCAGGAGUCGCUCCCGUCAGGCCCCGCCGAGCCCCCUUCUCUCUCUCAGGAGUCCCCAUCAUCGGGCCCCGCCGAGCCCCUUUCGCCCCCGCUGGAGUCCCCACUAUCGGGCCCCUCCGAGCCCCCCUCGCCCCGCCGGGAGUCGCCCCCGUCAGGCUCCGCCGAGCCCCGGCCGAGCGCGGCCCCGGGCCCGGCCCGGCAGCUGCGGGUGCUGCUGACGCCGCUGCCCGCAUCGGCCUGGCCGCGGCCCCAGAAGCGGCUGCCGAGCCCCCGCGGCCCGGCCGGCAAGAGGCUGCGCCCGGAGCCCGACAGCGGCCCCAGAGCCCCCCCCGGCUCCCCGCCCGGCCCCAGCUCGGCUGCCCGCGGCCAGGACGGGCUGUGGGAUGCGGACAGCGACGGCAGCGACGGGGGAGACGCGGCCCCGGAUGGAUACUCCCACCUAUCAGCCUAUGAAAGGAAAAGACUCAAGAACAUUACAGAAAAUGCUAAAUUCUUUGCUGCUCUAAAGCUGCAUGAGCUGCAAGACUUGAACAACUUACAACUAAAAGGCGAUCUUAUGUCACUAAAAGAGCCAAGCCUAAGAAGGUGGAGGACGAGCCGGCCCCGCGGCGAUCCAGGCGCCUGCUCCGGGUGGAGCCGCUGGACAUUCCCCUGCUGGAGACGUUUGCCCAGCCAGCAGCAGAGGAAUAUCCAUGUUCUCAGAAUGUCUGGUGUGGGGAAAGUCCCAGUUCACCUUGUCUGUGGUUUUAGUUGGUUUGAGUUACAAAAACUGCCAAUGUCAUCCCAGCCUCAGGUUCCAGUCGGACCUUUGCCCAUGGUUCCAGAGGAUCAGGCAGAGAGCAGUAAAUGGACAGAGGCCUUACUGGGCACGUGGAUGAGGAUAAGUGAGCUGAAAGCAGAAUGUGCUGACCAGGGCACACCUGACAUAAAGAGGUACCAGGAGAGCCUGAGCAGCAUGGUGCUGAGCGAGGAGAACAUCAGGAAGGUGGUGAAAGCCCGGGUGUGUUCCAUGGCCAUCCACCCUUCUGAAAGCACCAUCCUUGUGGCAGCUGGAGACAAGUUGGGGCACAUUGGCCUCUGGAAUGUGAGCUGCAGGACUGAGGAAGGAUACCACAUGUUCAUCCCUCACAGCUUCCAGGUCAACUGCAUGCACUUCUCUCCCUGCAACCCUGCUCACCUGCUGUCCCUCAGCAAUGACACUCUGCGCUGUGGCGAUGUCACCAGGGCUGUCUUUGAUGAGAUCUGCAGGAGUGAGGAGAGCUUCUCGUGCUUCGACUUCCUGGAAGAGCACGCCUGCAGUGCCCUGGUGAGCCACUGGGGCGGGGUGGUGGCUGUGGUGGACACCCGCACCCCGGGGGCAUCCUCGGAGCUCUCUGCGGACAUCGGCUUCGGGAGGACACGGACAGUCCACGUGCACCCCGUCAACAAACACUAUUUCCUGGCUGCUGGAUUGCUGGACGUUUGUGUUUUCGAUGUUCGGUACCUGAAGGCCAAGGGGAACAAGCCCCUGAGCUCUCUCACAGGACACACCAAAAGCGUGGCCUCGGCCUAUUUCUCACCUGUCACUGGGAGCAGGGUGGUCACAGUGUGUGCUGAUGACAAACUGAGGGUCUACGACACCACAUCCCUGUCACCCACGGCCAAACUGCUCAGCUCCAUCGGACACAACAACAACACGGGCCGCUGGCUGACCCGCUUCAGGGCCAUCUGGGACCCCAAGCAGGAGCACUGCUUCCUGGUGGGCAGCAUGGCACAGCCCAGGCAGAUCCAGGUCUUCCAGGACACCGGGAAACUGCUGCACUCCUUCUGCAACGUGGACUGCCUCGCCUCCGUGUGCUCCAUCAACGUCGUGCACCCCAGCCAGAACAUCCUGGUGGGAGGCAACUCCAGCGGCCGCCUUCACGUGUUCAAAUAGAAGUGCCUUAGAUCUUCAUUCCUCACCUUUCUGCAUUGACUUUGUUCAUUCCGUAUUCAGCAGUUCCCAAGCUGACUGUUGUUUCUCAGGACAGAAAUGUACUUUGAAAGUCUUAAAAUAAAUUGUUUAAACUGCCUUUGGUACCCGGGUCUUCCAUGGAAAUAGAAGUGAUCCUUGAGCCCCC